CCGGCAGGUGGCACCUGUGCUGACUCAGAAGAGAGACUGAUGAACUGGCUGCUGGGAGAUGACCGCUACAACAAGUGGAUCCGUCCUGCCAUCAACAGGACCGAACGUGUCACCAUCAAGCUGCUGGUGUCCCUGGCCCAACUCAUCAGUGUGAAUGAGAGGGAACAGAUCAUGACCACCAACGUCUGGCUAACGCAGUACUGGGUUGAUUACAGAUUGGCGUGGGACCCUGCAAAAUAUGAUGGAAUUGACAAGCUUCGUAUUCCAUCUCGGCAUAUUUGGCUCCCUGAUAUAGUACUGUACAACAAUGCUGAUGGCACCUAUGAAGUGACUGUUUUUACCAACGUGAUUGUCCUGUUCAACGGUAGCAUCUUCUGGCUUCCUCCAGCCAUCUACAAGAGUGCCUGCAAGAUUGAAGUGAAGCAUUUCCCUUUUGACCAACAGAACUGCACGCUCAAGUUCCGCUCCUGGACGUAUGACUACACAGAGAUCGACCUGGUUCUGAAGGCUGAGGUGGCCAGCAUGGAUGACUUCACCCCCAGUGGGGAGUGGGACAUCCUGGCCCUUCCAGGGAGGCGGACCAUCAGCCCGUUAGACCCCACCUAUGUGGACAUCACCUACGACUUCAUCAUCAAGAGGAAGCCGCUCUUCUACACAAUAAACCUCAUCAUCCCAUGCAUUCUCAUCACCUCGCUGGCCAUCCUGGUCUUCUACCUGCCCUCCGACUGCGGAGAGAAGAUGACCCUCUGCAUCUCCGUCCUGCUGGCCCUCACCGUCUUCUUGCUCCUUAUCUCCAAGAUUGUGCCCCCAACCUCUCUGGACGUGCCCCUCAUUGGCAAGUACCUGAUGUUCACCAUGGUGCUGGUGACCUUCUCCAUCAUCACCAGCGUGUGCGUGCUGAACGUUCACCACCGCUCGCCCAGCACCCACACCAUGCCCGCCUGGGUCAAGCUGGUCUUCCUGGUGAAGCUCCCAGCUCUGCUUUUUAUGAAGCGCCCACGGGACAGUGCAGCCCGGCAGAGGCUCCGCCAGCAGAGGCAUCUCCGCGCUCGACACCAAAAAAACAAUGCUGCCUUCAGCCUCAACUUAACCGUGAAAAGUUCCAACUUGCGGUACUCUGAGUUGCUGCCAGAAGGACUUGGCUUGGGCCAGGAGCAACGGCAGAGCGGCUCAGGCCUCGGGCCCGACCUGCAGGAGGCUGUGGAUGGAGUGUGCUUUGUAGCUGAUCACAUGAUGGGGGACGAUGAUGACCAGAGUGUGAUCGAGGACUGGAAGUAUGUGGCCAUGGUGGUAGACAGGAUGUUCUUGUGGAUCUUCGUGAUUGUGUGCGUGGUUGGAACCCUAGGGCUCUUCCUGCAGCCUCUCUUUCAGCCACCAACAGUCCCUAUACAGCAAUCUGGCACUGGACCUCCUAUAAGAGAAGGUAUUUGA